UGUCCCAUCAUUGGUGUCAGUGGGAGGAAUAGUGCCCCAUCAUUGGUGUCAGAGCGAGGAAUCGUGCCCCAUCAUUGGUGUCAGAGCGACGAAUCGCGCCCCAUCAUUGGUGUCAGUGGGAGGAAUAGCACCCCAUCGUUGGUAUCAGUGGGAAGAAUAGCGCUCCAUCAUUGGUGUCAGUGGGAGGAAUCGUGCCUCAUCAUUGGUAUCAGUGGCAGGAAUAGUGCCCCAUCAUUGGUAUCAGUGGGAGGAAUAGUGGCCCAUCAUUGGUAUCAGUGGGGGGAAUAGUGCCCCAUCUUUGGUGUCAGUGGGAGGAAUCG